AUGCCGAUGAUGGAGUCUGAGAGUGCGCUGGUCGAGUCGCCUUCGAUCGAUCUGCCCGACCGUCUGCCAUUCCCUCCUGUCACCUAUUCUCAUAUUCUGCAUUGCUCGUAUCACGACUGGCAUCCGCGAUACCGCACGCUCACACCCAAAUCCAAAACCAUUCCGCUCCCAGAAAAAUUUGUCUCAUACCUCCGUGCCGACGGCAUUGUCCUCCCGCCUGAAAAUCACCAACCGACCGAAGACGACGACUACGAUACCUUCUCAGAUGACGGCGAAGAAGAACAAGACCCUUCAACUGAGUGGGAAGAUGUGCACACCAAAGUCAAGAAAAUUAUGUCCGACUUCGGCCAAGUGACCCCCAAAUUGAACUGGAGCGCCCCAAAAGAUGCAACCUUCAUGUCCGCGACGAACGACACAAAAUGCCAAACCGCCAACGAUAUCUACCUCCUCCUCAAGAGCAGCGACUUCAUCACCCACGAUCUCGACCAUCCAUUCGAUGACUGUGUUCCUGACCAAGAUAAUGGCACCGAUGCCGCCGCGAAUAGCACCGCCUCUCCGGACGGACCCCUACCAGUUGUGCCAUACCAUCUGGUCCUCCGCAAAUAUGUGAACUUCAACCCUUCUCUUGAAUUCCGCUGCUUCGUGCGCAAUCGCAAAUUGCUCUGCAUGUGUCAGCGUGACCAAAAUCACUUCGACUUCCUAUUUUCAAUGCGCGAUAUGCUCCGCUCCCGUAUCCAGUCAUUCUUCGACGAAAAUUUGCGCGAUUCCUUCCCAGACCCGAACUUUGUUUUUGAUGUUUAUAUUCCUGCCCCGCACCAGCGCAUCUGGUUAAUCGAUAUCAACCCUUGGGCGCAGCGUACAGACCCGCUUUUGUUUAGCUGGCUCGAGAUUCUGACGAUGAAGGAUCCGGUCGGGUUUGAAGAGGAAGAUGACGAUUUGAACGAGGGCGUUGUGCGAAUUUCUCUUCACGAUGGAAGUGUCACCAACCUUAAUGCUCAAGGUGAACCGAUCGAUGACUCUGACUCGUCGGACGAGGAGGAGGCUUUGGAUAAUGUGACUCCCAAGGCUUCGGGCGAGGAGGAUGAUGAGUUUGCGCCCUUCCUUCCGGAAUUCCGUCUCAUCAAGAAGAAUGAUCCCGAGGCAUACUCUUUUGCGACACCGCAGUACUCGGCUCAUAAGGUGCCUCGGGAAGUUGUUGAUGCUUCGCUUGCUGGACCGGGUGGUAUGAGUGAGUUUAUGGGGAAGUGGCAAGAUAUCCUGCAGAAGCAAAUGCGCGAGGAUCAGGCGGCUGGUAGUGAUUCCGAGUAA